AUGCAGAAACUUGGGAUUUCCAGUUUGAAAAAUUUCGAUCAACUUCGAUCCUUGAGUGGAUCCGUGGCCGGUAUAGCAAAAACCCCUCAGAUGGCAACUAUGAGGCCUUCAUUGGAUUCUCUGUCACAUGGAAGUUUCACGACUCUAAAGUUGACGGCAGACAAGCUGGUUAAAGAACAAGCUUCAGUGAAAACCGACCUUGAAUUGGCGCAUACAAAACUGAGGAAAGCAACAGAGCAGAUACAUGUUCUAGAGGCCAAACUACAGGAAGCGGUUAAUGAAAAUGCAAUGCUUAAGGUGAAGCAGAUGGAGGAUGCCAAACUCUGGAAUGGAUUAGAUACAAAAUUAUCUUCAACUAAGGCAUUUUGUGAUCGGUUGAGUGAUGCAGUACUGAAAUUAGCUGAUCAGACUGAUACAGGUAUGGCUAAGUGCUGGUUUCUGUGUGCUUGA